GGUCUUCAGUUGUGAAUGGCGAGUCGCAAAGCUAACACCAACGGCAGCGACGGCAACAAAUACGAGUUUACUCAAAUAUUUAUUUACAUAGUUACGGUGCGCGAGUACGCCAACGCGUAUUUUUGUUGUACGUACAUACAUACAUGCAUGUGUAUGCGAUUUGAUAGUGUCAGCGCGCGCGCGUUUUAGGUUUUUUGUUUGCGCUCGAGUAAUUGCCUUCAGCAUUACAUACAACAAUCAAACAGUGGCUGACUACAGUACCUACAUAAACAAAACAAAAAGUAAAUCAAUACAGAUAGCUUGGAAAGAUGCUAAAAUAAAUAAAAAGAAUCUGAAGCAAAAAGCACAAUCGAUUGCGUGUGUAACGAAAUUUCCAGGAAUGCAAAAUAAAAUUUGAAUAAAGUGACAAAGAAAACAGCGCAGUGAAUCGAAAUGGUAUGAAUUGAAUGAAUUUACAUUGAAUUCGCGCUGAGUGACAUUCGUUGAAGUGUUAAAAUAAAAAUAUAAUAAAUAUAAGAAUAAAACAAGCAGCAACCAAAUAUAAAAGACUUAAGCUGCGAACUCGUCGCCAAGCAGAGAAAGUGAAGAGAGAAAAUAAGCUUUUUUGGGUGCAAUUUUAUUUAGCCAAUUGGCAGGAAUUUGGAAGUGCAUUUAAAAAUACCAACAAUAACAACAACAACGAUAUCGUGAAGUUUAUGCAGCAAGCAAAAGGAAAGAAGGCGAAUUAAAGAAGUAGAGAAGCUGACAACGUGGCAAUAAACAUGGAUACGGCGGGCACUUUCUCCAUAUCCUAUGCGGAUUGGUUAACGGAGCCACGGCGCCGCACCGUGUUGACCAGCAUCGAAUCGAUGGCUUCAUCUCCACCGCCAUUGCCACCACCGUCACAUUCCCAACACCAGCAGCAACAGCAGCAGCAAGACACCCUACCCAUAUCGCUCACAUCGAGCAUCACCAAUGGCAAUGGUGGGGGCGUCGUCGACGGCAACGGCGGUGGCGGUGCGGGUGGUUGUAACAGUCCCAAUGAUCCAACAACACAAGUGAUCAUACAACAACACAAUGGUGAUUAUCAGCUUAGCAGCGCUACACGCUACUUCGAUCCACAGCCGACGCAUUUGACCGCCGUUGUCUCGGCCGCAACACCACAAACACUACUCAGUCUAUCGCCAAACGAUAGCGCUACGCAUCCACAUCAUAUACACCAUCAGCAACAGCAGCAUCAUCAUCACCAACAGCAUCAACAGCAGCAGCAGCAGCAGCACGAUCAACAAGCGCAUACCGAUGCUGCACAUUACCAUCAGACGCACCUGCAACAGCAUCACCAUGAGCAGCAGACGCAUGCGCAGCAACAGCUGAGCAUAGAAUCAGCUGGUACGGCGGUUAAUUUGGGCGCCUUGGGUACUGCGCAUCAGGUGCAUCAGCUGCAUACCCCCAAUGGCGGUACCUCAUACGUGUACGAGUACUAUAAGCUGAGCGAUGCGAAAGAUGAACCAACAGAUGCGGCAGCAGAGUUACAUUGGAGCACCACAACUGGGGCCAACAACAAGUUAAAUGGUCAAACCACACCUCUGGACGUAUCCGGCCUAUCGCAAAAUGAAUUCCAAGGCCUAUUGCUUGGUUCACACCCAUCGGCUGGCGGCGGCAGCGGCAACGCAUCCACAACACCAACGUCCAUCUCACAGCAUUCGGCCAUUGUGGCAGCCGCCACAGCCGCAGCCGCGGCAGCUGGUGGCGCCACUACAGCUGUGGUGGUUACCGCCGAACAGCAACGUCUGGCCCAGCAACAAGCUCAACAGACGAUCAGCAUCAAACGCGAACCGGAAGAUCUACGCAAGGAACCGAAAAGUGGCGUUAGCAGCACCAUCGUCGAUGCGACAAACCUCAUUACAAAUGGUGGCGCGGGCAAUGGUGCGGCACAUCAUCAGCAACAGCAACACGGCGACACGAAGGUUUUAGUUGUGCAGUCACCAACAUCACCAACGCACACAACCAUACAAAUUAAAGAGCCGCCUAUAAGUCCUGGAAGUCCAACAACAGAUACAAUGUACGCUGCCAGUGGCGGCACACAAAUUUACUUGCAGGGCGCUCACCAGUCCAAUGCACCUGGCUCUGUUGUCGGCGGCGGCGGCGGCGGCUCUAACAAUGUGCAUGUCAAUGCACAGACACCCAGUCCCGGCCCUUACAUCACACCCGACGGCUAUGGCAUGUACACAACGACACGCCUCACUUCGGGCGGUCCCACUUCCACAUUCAUCUCAGAGCCUUAUUAUCGCGAAUUCUAUACGACUGCAACCACAGCAGACACACAGACUGGCUAUGGACAGGCGCCACGCAAUAUUGUGUAUGGUGGCGCUGAUGUUGAGCCACCACAACCGGGCACCACCUAUGAGGGACGCUUCACCACGGCUGCUGCACCAGUGACCAGUAUGCCAUCACAUACCACAGCCAAUACGGCGGGGAACAUCAAGAAUGGCACACCGGUGUAUGCGAAGGCCAUCACAGCUGCUGGUUUGACGGUGGAUUUGCCAAGCCCAGAUUCGGGUAUUGGCGCUGAUGCGAUUACACCACGCGAUCAGAAUAAUAUACAUCAGUCUUUCGACUACACAGAGCUCUCUGGCACACUGUUGGACAGCAAUGGCGGUAUACCAGUGUCGGUGAAUAGCAUACAACGUGGCGCUGUUAGUGUUCACGGUCAAAUUAGUCCGACCACAUCGCUGGGCGGCUCUACGCCGAAUGGUGCCACACGUUCGAGGCCGUGGCAUGAUUUUGGACGUCAAAAUGAUGCGGACAAAAUACAAAUACCAAAAAUCUUCUGCAAUGUCGGCUUCCGCUACCACCUGGAGAGUCCGAUCAGUUCGUCACAAAGACGCGAAGACGAUCGCAUCACAUACAUCAAUAAAGGACAAUUCUAUGGCAUUACAUUGGAGUAUGUGCACGAUCCCGAUAAGCCCAUCAAGAACACAACUGUCAAGAGCGUUAUUAUGCUGAUAUUCCGCGAAGAGAAGAGUCCCGAUGAUGAAAUCAAAGCCUGGCAAUUCUGGCAUAGCCGGCAACAUUCGGUUAAACAACGUAUUUUAGAUGCAGACACGAAAAAUUCCGUUGGUCUAGUUGGCUGCAUCGAGGAGGUCUCCCACAAUGCCAUCGCCGUCUAUUGGAAUCCGCUAGAGAGCUCAGCUAAGAUCAACAUCGCCGUUCAAUGCCUGAGUACGGACUUUAGCAGUCAAAAGGGAGUUAAGGGUCUGCCAUUGCACGUUCAAAUCGACACAUUCGAGGAUCCGCGCGAUGUUCAAGUCUUCCAUCGAGGCUACUGCCAAAUUAAGGUCUUCUGCGAUAAGGGUGCUGAGCGUAAGACACGCGACGAGGAGAGACGCGCUGCUAAACGUAAAAUGACCGCUACAGGUCGCAAGAAGCUCGAUGAAUUAUAUCAUCCGGUUACCGAUCGUUCGGAGUUUUAUACAAUGCAGGAUUUACAAAAGCCACCGGUACUUUUUUCACCCGCCGAUGAUAUGGAAAAGAGCUUCUAUGGCCAUGAGACUGAUUCAUUGACCGGCGCACCAGAUCUCAAAGGCACAUCACCAUUCUUGCUGCAUGGCCAAAAAGUGGCGGCGCCAACACUCAAAUUCCACAAUCAUUUUCCGCCCGACGUGCAGACCGACAAGAAGGAUCACCUGCUGGAUCAAGGUCUGGUACCCAGUGCCAUGGGCGAUUUUGUGCCACCACUGAAACGCGGACGCAUGACACCGCCCACCAGCGAACGCGUUAUGCUAUUCGUGCGACAGGAGAACGAAGAUAUUUACACGCCGCUGCAUGUGGUGCCGCCCACCACAAUUGGCCUGUUGAAUGCGAUUGAAAGUAAAUACAAAAUCUCAACAGCGAGUAUAAAUAAUAUUUAUCGUACAAAUAAAAAAGGGAUUACUGCGAAAAUUGAUGACGAUAUGAUUUCGUACUAUUGCAAUGAGGACAUAUUUCUGCUGGAAGUGCAGCAGAUCGAAGACGAUUUGUAUGACAUAACAUUAACGGAGUUGCCCAAUCAUUGAGCGGAAGGACCAUAUACAUAUAUAUAAAAAGAUGUAACUCAUGAACAAAGCAAUAAAGUAGCAAUUAGCAAAAAAAAAAUAAAAGCACCAGUGGCAGCUAAAAGAGAGAAUACAACUGGAGAAGGAGGCCAAAAGCCCAACAAACAACACAUAGUGAAGUUGUAUUAGUUUGGUAAAUUGAAGUGUAAGCUGUUUUCUUUUUAUUAUAACUAUGACGUAAAACCAACAACAACAACAACAACAACAGCAACUACAGCAAUGCACAAAACAAUGGACACAAUAUUAAUUAUGUUACGUAAAUAGAUAAGGAAUUUAAAAUGUUUCAAAUGAAACAACAAAUACAAAUACAAAAUACUCUUAUGAGCAGUUAAACAAUAAUUUUUUUCAAGCUAAUUUUUUUUGUGUGUGUUUAAGAAAUAUGUUUGUAUAUGCGCGCGGUUUAAACACUUAUACAACAAAUAAAAUAUAUUACUGAAUAGAUUAAAUCUUUUGCAACCAAGUGAAGAGAAGCAAUGUUAAAUAUGCAAAAACGUGGUGAUUGCUGCAAAAAAAGUAAAGCAAAAUUAUGACGCACACAUACACACUCAUACAAAAAAAUUUGUUAAUGUACUUUAGUUGAAUAUUUAGUAAUUAUAUGUGAAAUUUUAACUUUGUUUAAUUUUUUAGUAAAUAAAACUUUUAAUUUAAGUACUCACACGCUUAAUUGAGAUUCUUCUGAUAACAAGUACAGUAAAUAUGUGUGUUUUUGUACAAAACUAUUUAGAAAAAAAUAUUAAAAAAUACUGUUUGAAAAUGGUUUGAAAAUCGGCUCGCUCUUUAAUGAAAGUGUCUUCUGAAAGUGUUUACGUUCUCAAGCUUAUCGUCACUAGACACGACUAAAGGCGCGAGCUCGAAAGUUGACAGCGCAAAAAGACGCAUAUAAAAAAAACUUCAUCGGCGAAAGACUCUUAACAGGUCUUUCUUCGCCGUCAACUAGGUACAAUGCGUAAGCAGCAAAGUUUUAUUCCUUUUCUCGAUCAGUGGAUAGUCAUCAUUGCGCAGCCACCCCUCUUCCAAGUAAAAUGUUUUAUAAUGUGUUAUUUAAGCAAUACGAAAAAAUUUAAUUAAGUGAAAAUCAAUAAAUCAGCAUCAAAAGAUGCUAAUAUAAACUGUGAACUAUUUACUUAAAAAUAAAUGCAAAAUAAUUUGAUGUAUGUAAACGAAAAGCGUGUAACUUUUAAGCUACUACCGUUGCGCCCGCGCCCCAAAAAGCUUUCACACCACACACAACUUGCCGCAAGAGCUUAACAUGGUACUUGCAUGUAUUUGUUUAUGCCAGUGACGACCAAAAAAAAAAUAU